CCUUCUGAUCAAGCAAUAAGCAUUAUUAUGGAGAAGAAGAAGAGUGUUUUGGUGGUCCUUUGGCAUUCCUACCUAUCCUUAGCAACUACCAUACUCAUGUUUACCCAACUAUCUCAUGGGAAAAAUCCAAAUGUCUUUUGCAGAAAAGCAGAAAGGCGGCCCCCCUGACAUUCAAACAAGGUCUUAUAGAUCCUUCCAAUCAACUCUCAUCUUGGACAGGUGAUGAAGAGUGUUGCUUCUGGAAAGGCAUUGGCAGUGAAAAUCUAACUGGCCAUGUUAUCCACCUCAACCUUCAAAAUCCAUAUGAUCCUACCACUGAUUAUGAAGCCUUUGAAAGGUCGAGGUUGGGCGGAAUCAUUAGUAAUUCUCUAUUGGAAUUAAAAUAUCUUCAGUAUAUUGACCUGAGUUUCAGUCAUUUUGAAGGUCAUCAAAUACCAAGCUUCUUUGGUCACCUUGGGAAUCUAAGGUAUCUAAAUUUAUCACAGGCAGGUUUUGUGGGAGAUAUCCCUUUCCAGUUUGCAAAUCUCACAAAGUUGCAUUAUCUUGACAUUCGAGGACUCUUGCUGGAUAUUAGCAAUCUUGAAUGGCUGUCUCAUCUUUCUCUGCUAGAAUUCCUGGACAUGAGUGUCAACAAUCUUAACAAAGCAUCUAAUUGGCUACAGAUGCUGAACAUGCUCUCUUCUCUAUCCGAGUUACACUUGUCUGCUUGUCAACUUGAUGAGAAGUAUGAUCCAAUUCCAUAUGUUAAUUUUACAUCCCUCACUUUGCUAGAUCUUUCGUUGAACCAUUUUGUUUCUUCAACUUUUGGCUGGCUUCAUAAUCUUACCUCUCUUGUCACACUUGAUUUAGGUUACAACCGCAUUCAGGUAACCAUAUUCAAGGGGUACUCCCCAAUGCCUUUGGAUGUCUUUCCCAAUUGAAGCAUCUUGACCUGUCAUUCAAUGGCCUUGAAGGAAAACUGCCGAGCUCCUUGGGGACUCUAUGUAACCUUCAACAUUUAGAUUUAUCUCACAACAAACUUGGGAGAGGUCUAUAUGAGGUCUUGGGAAAUUCAUCUGCAUCACAUAAAAAGUUUGGAGUACUUGCAUAUGGAGGGUAAUCGACUUUCGGGUGUUUUUGCCUGAUCAACUUGGGAAAUUUCAAAAACUCUCUGUUCUCUUCCUUGACUCUUAACUUGAUUUCUGGUCCAAUUCCUGUAUCUAUAGGAAAUCUGUCGUUAUUGAGGGUAUUAUCUAUCGCUGACAAUCAAUUGAGUGGGGCAAUUCCUGUAAGUUUUGGACUCCUUUCAAAUCUUGAAACUUUACUUUUCUUUCAAAAUUUUUUGGAAGGUUUGGUUUCCGAGAUGCAUCUUUCCAACUUAACGGGGUUGAAAUAUCUUUACGCUUAUUCAAACCUAUUGACUUUGAAGGUAAGUUCCAAUUGGGCUCCACCUUUCCAACUCCAAUCAUUGAUGAUGGAAUCAUGGCGACUAGGCCCACGAUUUCCUUCAUGGCUUCAAUCACAGAAAGAUCUUCGAUAUCUAGAUUUAUCCAACACAAAAAUCUCAGAUGUCAUACCUUCUUGGUUUUGGAGCCACUCUUCAAGAAUAAAUCUCCUGGAUCUUUCUAAAAACCAGCUUCAAGGCAGUAUUCCAAGAUUAUUUGUUGGAGAAACUGUCUAUCUUGGUUCAAACAACUUCUCUGGCCCCCUUCCCCGUAUCACCUCUCGUACCAUUACGGAAUUAGAUCUUUCAAAUGACUCAUUCAGUGGACGUCUUUCUCCCAUGAUUUGUGAACAUAAUGAUAGAAUGAGAGGUCUGGCUUUUCUGGAUCUGUCUAGAAAUCUUUUAUCCGGGGAACUUCCUGACUGUUGGAUGAAUUAUUCUACAUUAAAAGUGUUGCACUUGGGGAACAAUAGCCUCACAGGAAACAUACCAAGCUCAUUGGGUUUUGUAUCCACACUUCAGUCUCUACCAUUGUAUAAAAACAACAUGCUUGAAGAUUUACCAAUGUCGCUACAAAAUUGCACAAGUUUAAGGCUCUUAGAUCUCACUGAGAAUCAUUUCUCUGGUAGCUUACCCACUUGGUUGGGGAAUAGUUAUUAUGACCUUGUUGUCCUUAUGCUUCGCUCGAACAAGUUCAGUGGCAGGAUUCCUCAGGAGCUCUGUCACCUAACUUCGCUUCAGAUCUUGGACCUUGCACGGAACAACUUCUCCGGACACAUACCGAGAUGCUUUGGCAAUUUUAGUGCUAUGGCGAGACAAGAUGACUCCAGUGGUGUCAUUGAUUUCCUCCUACCACUGAAAACAUUAACAGAAACAGCAGUCUUGGUAACGAAGGAAAGAGAGUACAAAUAUUAUAGCCAAACACUUGCUCUCGUCAAAAGCAUGGACUUCUCAAGCAACAAUUUAAUUGGAGAGAUCCCUAAGGGGGUCACCAGUCUCUACAGGCUGCGAUUCUUGAAUCUGUCAGCCAACAAACUCAAUAGAGGGAUUCCUGAUAAUGUCAAUGCCAUGAAAUUAUUGGAAUCUCUUGAUCUCUCCUGGAAUCAAUUAACAGGUGCAAUACCUCAAAGCUUGGCGAGUUUGACAUCCUUGUCUCAUUUGAACUUAUCAUUCAACAACUUAUCUGGCAGAAUUCCCUCCAGUACCCAGAUACAAACCUUUAGUGCAUUGAGUUUUAUUGGUAAUCAUGAUCUUUGUGGACCUCCACUUACAGUUAGUUGCAUUGGAGAUGACCCGCCUCCUGAGCCAACACCAAAUGCUGAUAAUGAAGGUGGCGAGGACGAUGGCUGGAUUGACAUGAAGUGGUUUUAUGCAAGUAUUCCACUUGGGUUUGUUGUGGGGUUUUGGGGCAUAUUAGGUCCAUUAGCAUUCAGCAAGGUAUGGAGAUUUGCUUAAUUCAGGUUUUUGGAUGACAUGAUGUAUAGACUCUUUUGGUGGUGCUUGAGAGCGUAACGAAAAUGGCUAAACCAUGGGUUUGCGUAUUGUAUUUUGUAGAGAGAGAA